GCCCGCCGCCCGCCGAGCGCUGCCACGGGGAGCCGCCGCCGCCGAGCGCUUCUGCCGGGUGGCCCGCAGGAGCCGCCCGCGCCCGGUGCUCAUGAGGCGGGCCCGCGAGCCCCACCGCCUGCAGCCCCGGGCGGCGCGGUGAGGGCCGCACCCCGCCGAGCGCCAUGGAACUGAACGCGGGAGGUGUGAUUGCCUACAUCAGUUCCUCCAGCUCUGCCUCCAGCCCUGCCUCUUGUCACAGUGAGGGUUCUGAGAACAGUUUCCAGUCCUCGUCCUCAUCCGUUCCAUCUUCUCCAAAUAGCUCUAACUCUGAUGCCAACGGAAAUCCCAAGAACAGUGAUGUCUCUAGCAUCGACAGUGUCUUGAAGAGUGAUUGCACAGAUUGUCCUGUGAAAACAGGCAAACCUGGUGCUCCUGGCAUGACCAAGAGUCACAGCGGUAUGACAAAAUUUAGUGGCAUGGUUCUACUGUGUAAAGUCUGUGGGGAUGUGGCGUCAGGAUUCCACUAUGGAGUUCAUGCUUGUGAAGGCUGUAAGGGUUUCUUUCGGAGGAGCAUUCAGCAAAACAUCCAAUACAAGAAGUGCCUGAAGAACGAGAGUUGCUCUAUCAUGAGGAUGAACAGGAACAGAUGUCAGCAGUGUCGCUUUAAGAAGUGUCUGUCGGUGGGAAUGUCAAGAGAUGCUGUUCGAUUUGGCCGAAUUCCUAAGCGUGAGAAACAGAGAAUGCUAAUUGAAAUGCAGAGUGCAAUGAAGACCAUGAUGAACACCCAGUUCAGUGGCCACCUGCAAAAUGACACCUUAGCAGAGCGACAUGAACAGUCAACUCUACCAGCUCAGGAGCAGCUGCGGCCUAAGACCCAGUUGGAGCAAGAAAACCUCAAAGGCUCUCCUCCUCCCUCUUCUGAUUUUGCAAAGGAGGAAGUGAUUGGCAUGGUGACUAGAGCCCACAAGGAUACCUUUUUGUAUAAUCAAGAGCAUCGAGAAAACUCAGCUGAGAGCAUGCCACCCCAGAGAGGAGAACGGAUUCCCAGGAACGUGGAGCAAUAUAAUUUAAAUCAUGACCACUGUGGCAAUGGGCUUCACAGCCACUUUCCCUGUAGUGAGAGCCAGCAGCAUCUCAGUGGACAGUACAAAGGGAGGAACAUAAUGCAUUACCCAAAUGGGCAUACGAUUUGUAUUGCAAAUGGACACUGUGUGAACUUCUCCAGUGCUUAUGCUCAAAGAGUCUGUGAUAGAGUUCCAUUAGAUGGAUUUUCUCAGAAUGAGAACAAGAAUAGCUUCCUGUGCAACACUGGAGGGAGGAUGCAUCUGGUUUGUCCUAUGAGCAAGUCUCCAUAUGUGGAUCCUCAGAAGUCUGGGCAUGAAAUCUGGGAAGAAUUUUCAAUGAGUUUUACACCAGCAGUAAAAGAAGUGGUGGAAUUUGCGAAACGCAUCCCUGGUUUCCGAGAUCUGUCUCAGCAUGACCAGGUCAACCUUUUAAAAGCUGGCACUUUUGAGGUUCUAAUGGUACGAUUUGCUUCGUUAUUUGAUGCAAAGGAGCGGACUGUCACCUUUUUAAGUGGGAAAAAGUACAGUGUGGAUGACCUGCACUCAAUGGGAGCAGGGGAUCUGCUCAGUUCUAUGUUUGAGUUCAGUGAGAAGCUGAAUGCCCUCCAGCUCAGUGAUGAAGAGAUGAGUUUGUUCACUGCAGUCGUCCUGGUAUCUGCAGAUCGGUCUGGAAUUGAAAAUGUCAACUCAGUGGAAGCUUUGCAAGAAACGCUCAUCCGUGCACUAAGGACCUUAAUCAUGAAAAACCAUCCAAAUGAGGCUUCCACUUUUACAAAAUUACUUCUCAAGUUGCCAGAUCUUCGAUCUUUAAAUAAUAUGCACUCCGAGGAGCUCUUGGCCUUUAAAGUUCACCCGUAAGGCCUUGGAACGUGAACUGAUACAACUGUACAUUAUAUGCUAAGAUGCUUAUUUAUAUGUGUAUACCAUAUGUGGAAAUAGAAAAGACCAUAGACAGUGCCAAGUCCUGGGCUGUCUCUGUAGUCAGCUACCAGUAGCUGUUUGGAUGAGAACUCAUUGCCAUGUUAGACACUGGCCCUCUCCCCCCAUAGACCAAUCAGCUGUGUUGCAUUAGACUGGAGAAGUUACACUGAGUUAUAACCACACUGAAUGUUAGAUUUUUCAUCUGCCAAAGCCAAAAUACCAUUUGAUCUCCCUGUGGUAUAACUCUUGACACACAUUGGAGAUACAGGAGGAUUUAGACAUUAACCCUUUGUGCUGAGAAUCCUGCUGUACCACAAGACUGAAAUGUGGUAAGGGAGACCGAGAGCCAAGAGGUCUUUACAUGUUUGAAUUUUGCUUUGCCGGUGUCAAAGUACAUUGUCCUAGUAGUUCCUGGGUUGUGGAAAAUAAUAAUUGAUAAUGUCCCCAAUGUCCUGCCUCACAGAGAUACUGAAAAAUAUCCAUGAAACAUAUUUUACCUCUUGGGAGAUAGGCACUAUGUAAAUAAGAUGAAGUUUUUAUUAUAAUUGCUCAUAAUAAUAUUCUUGUCUUAUUUCUAAGUAUUUCUUGGAAACUGUUUGACAGUCCACACCAAUCUGUUCAGGGUUCCUGCUCAAGAGGGACACCCUACUGAUAAACACAUAUUCCAGGUUUAUGGACACCUCAGAUAGUAUGUGUACAUAGUAUGUAUGUGAAUAUAAUUAUAUAUAAAAUCUUACUUCACAAUAUUUUAAACUGUGAAGAACUUUAUCAUACAAUAAACUUAAACAAGAGGUGUCAAGGACCCAAAUUAGGUGCAUUUUACCUGCUGCUGCUGAUGUAUAACCAUUGCUUUAUGAUCUUUAGGUGGUAGAAUACUGAAAUUAUGCUCUAUUUUUGUUUAAGCAACAUUUAAUGUAAAAGUGUGAUGGGCAGUCAAAUCCAGAUUUCAGAAACAAAACAAAACA